AUGGGCACCACUGCCAGCACCAGCAAGCAGACUACAUCAACCAUCCAAGCACAAUGUGACAGGGAUGCCAAACCGUCUGGAUUUGACAAUCGUUCUGAAGAUAUUAACACUGCGGCAGGCUUGGCAAAAUCCAUCAUCACCAACAAAGUGGCACCUGUUGUAAUUACGUACAACUUGAAGGAAGAAUUUCAAGUUCAUGAUGAUUUUCACAAGGCCCACUACGUCAUUGGUUGCAUGAAUGAUAAUUUACCUGAGCACUACCUUGUCCAGGGGAAAUAUUUCAUGGUCAAAGAUCUCAACAACAAAGUUGAUGACCUUCUCACCAUGAGUAAUUAUGGGGCACCAAACUUUCGCCAGACUUACCUUGGUUAUCCAGUGUACGGCAUGGGACAGCCAACGAUGAAAGGCUUCUGCAAAGUACUGCAAAGACUGAAGGAGGAAGGGCAUCAGGAAAUUAUUUGCUUCAACGUUCGAGAGGAACCAAUCAUUUUGUUUCACCAGGAUGAUGAUUUCAUUCCUUACACCCCACGUGACCAGACAAAUCUGCAGGAAAAUCUCUACAGCCUUACUCCAAGAAAUCAGGUGGAAGAACUGGAAUUUAUCAUUAAGAAGGAGCUGCUGGAUUUUGCUGCAUUGAGCAACAAAACGUACUUUGUAUACAAUGAUACUGAGCAAUUUGUUGCCGAGGCUCUCCCAAAGAAAAUUGAGAACGAAGAUGACAUUCGCUUAUCAGAAGAGAUCUACAGGUGCCACAUCUUUACAACGCCAUUCUUCAGAUAUAAACGGUUACCUUUGCCUGUUGAUACUAAUCUAGAAGAAGCAGACUUUGAUGCCUUCAUCAGUACUAUCAGGGAGUGCCCAAGCAUCACCUUCAAGGAUAGUUGCAAAUCACCUCCUGCCCUGCUCUUUAAUUGUCAAACUGGGGUGGGACGCUCCAAUCUUGGAAUGAUAAUAGGUGCGCUGAUCGUGGCUCAUAGAACAACAUUCCCUCAGCUGGAAAGAUAUGAAAAGAGAAGGUUUUCUGGUCAAGAAAGUCACUUUCAGAUUGUUGAAAGUUACAGUGCCUCCUUUCCAAAUGGCAGAAAAAUUGUUGAAGAAGUGGACAGCAUUAUGGAUAUUUGCUCAGAAAUGUAUGAUUUGAAGGAAAUUAUUUAUCUUUCCAAAAGUGAAGCACAAAAGCUCGCAGAGGAGCUUCAGAGCCAGGAAAUCAGUUUGCGAGAAAACCUGAUCAGCAAAACAUUCCAGAUGAUUCAGAGAUAUUUUUACCUCAUUGUUUUUAACAGCUAUCUUCAUGAACAGUAUCCAUUAGCUUUCUCAGUCAUGUUCAGUACUUGGAUGCGAAGGAAACCCUUCUUCUACAGGCUACUGAGUGCUAUGUCUAGACUUGAGAUGAAGACUCCAGCUAAUCCCAUCAGUGGCCGCCAUUGUGUUCUAUUUGCGGAUGAAUCCCUGGAUCUUGAUGAAAUGAGUAGUCUGAGAGAGAUGAAGGUGGCAAACUACAGAAAAGUUUCAAAAAUGCCUGUAUGUGGAAUGGCACAACCAAAUCCAGAGGGACUGGAGCAUAUUCUCUCCUACCUGACAGAUGGUUGCAGGAAGUUUAGCCGAGUUUUAUGUUUGAACCUGCGAGAGGAAGCAGUGUUGGAAGGUGAUGGAAAAAUGUAUUCACUCAGGGAGGUCAACAACCUCCAGCAGGAGAUCAUCAUUCCUGUGACAACAGCAGAGCAACUGGAGGAAGUGGAGACUGCCACCAAAGUAGAUGUGUUGAACUCGCAGAAUGCUAUAGAGACAUGGCAUGAAGAAACAAAGGAGCUGAAGCAGUUUUCAUCGUGUAACACUCUGCAGGAGGUUUACACUCAGAUGGCCAUGCAGUUUCCCCAACUGCAUUACAAACGCAUUCCAAUUACAGACUGCGCGGCUCCCAGAGAAGAGGAUUUCGAUGUCUUCCUUAGGGUUGUGAAAUCACAUUUAACAACUGACCAAAACUGUGCUAUUAUACUAAACUGUCACAAUGGGAAAGGAAGAACUACUGUUGGGAUGGUCAUCUGCCUACUUCUAACCUGGCACAUUAACGGAUUUCCAGAACCUUUUGUGGAGGAUAUGGUAAGCAUACCUGAUGCCAAGUAUACGAAGGGUGAAUUUGAGGCCAUUCUUAAUCUGGUUCGUCUUCUUCCAAAUGGUAGUGAGAUGAAGAAAGAAGUGGACAGAGCUCUUGAUGCAGUGAGUGAUUCAAUGACUCCCAUGAUGCAUCACUUAAGAGAGCUCAUCAUCAACACAUACAAAAAGUCAAAAAGGGCAAAGGACAAAGAUAGUGCUUCAAUGUUACACUUGCGUAGUCUACAGUACCUGGAGAGGUAUUUUUAUCUUAUUCUUUUUGACACCUAUCUGCACCUAGAGAAACCAGGAAAAUGGGAAAGAUCCUUUAAGGAAUGGAUGGAUGAGGUGGCUGCUCAAGCAGGUGUCUUUGAAAUCUUGGACAAGUUGGGAUUUCCAGAGUUUGAAGACCCAGAAUCUACCUCCAUGUGCAGGAUGCGUUACAGGUGGCGACAACAGCAAGGUUAUAAGGCCCCUUCCUUUGGGGAAAUUAUUGAAUAA